AGCAGAUCAUGGAGGAGGCUGUGACAAGGAAGUUUGUGCAUGAGGACAGCAGCCACAUCAUCUCCUUCUGUGCCGCCGUGGAAUGCUGUGUGCUGUUCGGGCUGAAGCGGAGGGCGGCCGGGUUCCUGCGCAGCAACAAGAUCGCAGCGCUCUUCAUGAAGGUGGGCAAGAGCUUCCCCCUGGCAGAGGAGCUCUGCAGGAAGGUGCAGGACCUGGAGCAGCUCAUUGAGAACGCGAGAAACCAGGCCCAGGGGGUCCCGGAGAACGUGCGCAAGGUGCCGAAGCUGCCCAACCUGUCUCCUCAGGCCAUCAGGCACCUCUGGAUCCGCACAGCCCUCUUCGAGAAGGUCCUGGAUAAAAUCGUGCACUACCUGGUGGAGAACAGCAGUAAGUACUACGAGAAGGAAGCUCUCCUGAUGGAUCCUGUGGAUGGGCCAAUUCUGGCAUCUUUAUUGGUGGGGCCCUGUGCACUGGAAUACACCAAGAUGAAGACUGCUGACCACUUCUGGACAGACCCCUCUGCAGAUGAGCUGGUCCAGAGGCACAGGAUCCACAGCUCCCACUGCCGCCAGGACUCGCCCACCAAGCGCCCAGCACUCUGUAUUCAGAAAAGACAUUCCAGUGGCAGCAUGGAUGACAGGCCAUCCCUGUCUGCCAGGGACUAUGUGGAGUCCCUGCACCAGAACUCCCGAGCCACACUCCUGUACGGCAAGAACAACGUCCUGGUGCAGCCGAGAGAUGACAUGGAGGCAAUCCCAGGAUACCUGUCCCUUCACCAGACUGCUGACAUCAUGGCACUGAAGUGGACCCCCAACCAGCUGAUGAAUGGCUCCGUGGGGGACCUGGACUAUGAGAAGAGCGUGUACUGGGACUAUGCCAUGACCAUUCGCCUGGAGGAGAUCGUGUACCUGCACUGCCACCAGCAGGUAGACAGUGGUGGCACGGUUGUCCUGGUGAGCCAGGAUGGCAUCCAGAGGCCACCUCUGCGCUUCCCCCGUGGAGGACACUUGCUGCAGUUCCUGUCCUGCCUGGAGAACGGCCUCCUGCCCCAUGGGCAGCUGGACCCACCCCUCUGGUCACAGCGGGGAAAGGGAAAGGUGUUCCCCAAACUGAAGAAGAGAAGCCCCCAGGGCUCCUCUGAGUCUGCGUCUGACAAGGAAGAUGAUGAAGCCACAGAUUAUGUCUUCAGGAUCAUCUACCCUGGGACUCAGACAGAGUUUGUGCCCCAGGACCUGAUGGACGCCCCAGGGGCUGUCCUGCCCCCCAUGUGGCAGCCCAGCACCCGCAAAUCCUCCUGCUCCUCCUGCUCCCAGAGCGGCUCCUCCGACGGGGGCCCGGCCAACGGCUGCAGCCACGAGAGAGCUCCACUGAAGCUGCUGUGUGACAACAUGAAGUACCAGAUCCUGUCCCGGGCUUUCUAUGGAUGGUUGGCCUACUGCAGACACCUGUCCACGGUGAGGACCCACCUGUCAGCACUGGUGAACCACAACAUCGUGUCCCCCGAUGUGCCCUGCAGCGCCAGCGCGGGGCUCACCGUGGACAUCUGGCACAGAUACCUGCAGGACAGCUCGAGCUACGAGGACCAGGAGCUGCUGCGGCUGAUCUACUACGGUGGGAUCCAGCACGAGAUCAGGAAGGCUGUGUGGCCCUUCCUGCUGGGCCAUUACCAGUUUGGGAUGACAGAGGCAGAGAGGAAGGAGGCUGACGAGCAGACCCGGGCAUGCUACGAGCACACCAUGGCAGAGUGGCUGGGCUGCGAGGCCAUCGUCCGGCAGCGCGAGAAGGAGUCGCACGCUGCAGCCCUGGCCAAGUGCUCCUCGGGGGCCAGCCUGGACUCCCACAUCCAGAGGAUGAUGCACAGGGACUCCACCAUCAGCAACGAGUCCUCGCAGAGCUGCAGCUCCGGCCGGCAGAACCACGCCCGGCUGCAGAGCGACUCCAGCUCCAGCACCCAGGUGUUUGAAUCUGUGGAUGAGGUGGAACAGACUGAAGUAGAUUCUCAGCUGGAAGAUGGCAAACAAAGCAAGAUCCCCAAUGGGACAGUCCCCAAUGGCACAUGUUCCCCUGAUUCUGGGCACCCCUCUUCCCAAAACUUCUCCAUCACGUCGGGCUUCUCGGAGCGCAGCUUCAGCAACGAGGACAGUGCCCUGGAAACCACCAAAUCCUCAUCCAGCUCCCAGGGAAAGGCUGCUGGUUCUGACCUGCCAGCCCCACCGGACACAGAUGGUGUCCAGCAGGAGAAGCUGCAGGGCCAAGACAGCCUGGAAGGGGAAUUUCCCACUGGUGGGAGCGUGGAUUUUGUCCCCAUGGGUGAGGGCUCGGCGGGGCUCCUGCGUGACAGUGACACUGUGGCCCUGACUGUGGUGGAGAGCUGGGCAGACAGCGAGGCUGAGAAGCAGAGCCUGGUGGAGAGUGAGGACAACCUCUCUGAGGAGCCAGAGAUGGAGAGUCUGUACCCACAGCUGGACUCUCUGACUGUGACUGAUCUGACCAGCAGUGAGCCAGCUGCUCUCUCCUCCACGGGUGUCACCUACUCUCCAGAGCUGCUGGACAUGUACACGGUGAACCUGCACCGCAUCGAGAAGGACGUGCAGCGCUGUGACCGCAACUACUGGUACUUCACCCCCGCCAACCUGGAGAAGCUCCGCAAUGUCAUGUGCAGCUACAUCUGGCAGCACAUUGAGAUUGGCUACGUGCAGGGCAUGUGUGACCUGCUGGCCCCUCUCCUGGUCAUCCUGGAUGAUGAGGCUCUGGCUUUCAGCUGCUUCACCGAGCUGAUGAAGAGGAUGAACCAGAACUUCCCCCACGGAGGAGCCAUGGACACCCACUUUGCCAACAUGAGGUCGCUGAUCCAGAUUCUGGACUCUGAGCUCUUUGAGCUGAUGCACCAGAAUGGGGAUUACACUCAUUUCUACUUCUGCUACCGAUGGUUUCUCCUGGACUUCAAGAGAGAGCUGGUCUAUGAUGAUGUCUUUGCUGUCUGGGAGACCAUCUGGGCUGCUGCUCACGUCUCCUCUGCUCACUACGUGCUCUUCAUAGCCCUGGCCCUGGUGGAGAUGUACCGGGACAUCAUCCUGGAGAACAACAUGGAUUUUACAGACAUCAUCAAGUUUUUCAAUGAAAUGGCCGAGCGCCACAACACCAAGCAGAUCCUGAAGCUGGCUCGGGACCUGGUCUAUAAAGUGCAGACUCUGAUUGAGAACAAAUGAAGGACCCGGAGCAGACGAGGCACCCAAAGAGCCAGGACUCCCUUCCGACGCUCCCUCCCUUCUCCUGUCUCUCCAAGUGCCACACCCGUGGGACUCAGGUGGUGGGACACGUGCUGCUAUGUGAGCUGGGAGUCCCCUGGGCUCAGCACAGGCCCAGGCUCAGACCUUCUGCAGUGACUCAACCAAAGAUCCCUCCAGGUGUGUUCCUGUGCCUGGAGCAGGACCAGGCAGUGGCUUCCUGGCCUCAGAGCAGCUGCUGUGGCCACCAGAACUGCCCAGGCAUUGCCACAUCCCAGGGUGGAGCUCGGGGGCUGGGGGAGCAGAGCUUGGUGGCACAGAGGGAGAGCUGAUUCCUUGGAAAGCUGCUUCCUUGGGCAGCCCUUCCCUGUGGGGUGGGAAGGCAGCCAGCCCUGCGAGCCCAGGCAGCACAGGGAUGCUGCCAGUGCUCAGCUUCUCACCAACACAACGAGGUUCUGCCAGUAAUGGGGGGGACUUUGAU